AUGGCGCCUUCAGUUCUGCAAAAUGGUGGAUUCAUCUUGGGUCUCAUCGGUGCAGCUGCCCUCAUUGCAGCCACAGCCAUGAACAACUGGAGCGUGAAGGACAGGCAGGAGCAGGUCGUGACCUCCGUUUAUACCUACAAGGGUCUGUGGCAAGACUGUGAGACGACCUCCGCCGGACUCACAGAGUGCCGCCCGCUCUACGGCCUUCUGGGUUACUCAGGUACCUUCCAGGCGGUGCGAGCUCUGAUGAUAGUGGGUGUGGUGCUGAGCGUGCUCGGGAUGCUGAUAUCAGUCUUUUCCCUGAGCUGCCUCACAAUGAACAAGAUGGCAGACAGCGCAAAGGCUAAGAUGAGCCUCACUGCUGGCAUCAUGUUCGUCAUCGCAGGUGUGUGUGGCAUUGCAGGAGCUUCUGUGUAUGCCAAUCAAAUUGUGGAAAGUUUCAGGACGUCCACCUACACACAAGAAAUGAUGGGAGAGGGGAUGAACAUGGGAAUGGGCGGAGUAGGAAUAACCACUUACACAUUUGGCCCAGCACUGUUCGUUGGCUGGAUCGGUGGGGGUGUCCUGCUCAUUGGUGGCAUCCUGAAGUCUCUCGCUUUCAGAGAGAUGAUAAAAAAUGAGAAACCACGUUACCCAGGGGUUGUGUACAAACCUCAGUCCAACAACAAAACUGAAGUGAUGGACCACCGCUCAGAGGGAGGCAAGAAAGAGCACCAGUAUGUGUAACCUCAGCCACAGCGUAAACACGUGUAGUCUGACUUUACUAUAGAAAUGUGUUUCCAGCUUUACACAUUCAGUUUGCCUUAUAAGGGGAUUUAUUUUCAUUUGCUUCAUAUACGCAUUCAAUUGUACAUUUUUAUUUUCUGAUAAUAGAAGUUAGCAGUGUCUCACAUCUGUGCAGCUGCAGGUGCAAGGAAAGAGUUUUUGGCUAUAUUAUUAUUUUUACAUGGACAUAACAGUGGUUAUGUGAUGCUCAGAUGCUGCAUGUAACUGAAACUUCUUUUUUUACUUGAGUUUUGUGUAAUCAUUAUCUGUCUGAAAAUAAA